UUUACAGAUGGCGCUCAUGAGCUGAAAAUGUCCAGCACAGUUGGACCACUUGUGAACAAUUUUGAGGUCCCUUCGUGGGCUGGAAAGCCUCCACCAGGACUACAUUUGGAUUGUAUGAAGGAUGGCAAAAUGAUUCAGAAACUAAUGAUAGAUGAGAAGAAGUGCUACUUUUUUGGGAGGAACAAACAGCUCUGCGACUUCUGCAUCGACCACCAAUCAUGUUCUCGAGUUCAUGCUGCUCUUGUUUGGCACAAACACUUAUCACGACCCUUCAUUGUAGACUUAGGAAGCACUCAUGGUACACAUAUUGGACAUAUUAGACUGGAAAGUAGGAAACCACAACAAGUUCCUAUUGACAGCGAAAUUCAUUUUGGGGCAUCAACUAGAAUCUACAUUAUACGAGAACGACCUCAGGUCAUCACAGGGCAGAUAUCUGAUGACAAGGAGAAACGACGGGAGGACCUAGAAGGGGGACUCCUGGGAUUACCGGAGACGGAAACGGAGCUUGACAAUUUAACUGAAUUCAAUACUGCCCACAACAGACGCAUAUCCUCAAUGGUAGACAUUGGAUCAGACAAAGGACCUAACCCAAUGAAGAGGAAACACAGAAACCACCAUGUCAAUUUUGGGGAGGAAGAUGACAUCAUCAACCCAGAAGACAUAGAUCCCUCAGUAGGACGAUUUAGAAAUAUGAUUCAGACAACAGUUAUCCCUAACAAGCGUCAAAAAAUGGACACCGGUUUAGUUCAAAAUACAACAAUGACAGACAACAUUACAAAGAGAUUACAAAGCUUCUCUUAUCAAACACCAAGUUUGUAUGGUGAUUUGACAUCUGCUCCAAACACUUACAGUAUAGCUGCUAAAAUGGGACUUCAUGUGCCCAAUUUGGCUCCUGACAUUGUACCAGACGAACCAGUGGCACCAGUUGUCACAGCUCAUCCACCAGUGGUGUUUAAUGUGGAAGAGGUCUCAAAAGAACCGAAGAAAAAGAAAUAUGCCAAGGAAAUGUGGCCCGGCAAAAAACCUGUUCACUCACUUCUUGUUUAGCCCCCCCUCCCCCCUCCUUCUGCCGUCGCUGCUUUUGUUUUUUCUAAGAGGUCUAUGUUUUGGAAAGUUCAUUUUUUUCCAUCAUUUUUAGCUGAAUUUUAAUAACCAGUAUCCUUACUAUUAUAUCAGUCUAAAUUUGUCAAAAUAAGGCAGUAGAUUUUAAGCAUAACCAUAAUGCUUAAUAGAACAUGAUUUGUUUUUAAAAUUACUGUAGCUUCUUGAUACAUUACCUGUAGGUGGGCUUUUUGUAUAUUAGAGAAGUGUCUUGAAAGUUUUAUUCACAUUUUGUAUGUUAGUUACAUUGUGGCAAGACAUUGUUGUUAAAAGUUGUGUGUGUUUGCAAAGAAAAAAAAAACAGGUUUAACUUGAUAAAUUUAUGUGCAUCUGGUUAUUCUGCCAGAACAAAAUUCAACUAAGGUUUUAUCAGAAUGUAAUGGUAAUUAAAUAUAAACAUGUAUUACUGUUCACUACCAUCAUAACAAAUUCAAUUUAAGUUUUAUCAGAAAUUAUAUAAACUUGAUUUUCAGCAUCUCGAACAUGGAUAUCUUGAAUACAAUGGAUAUGUUGAAGUCAUUUUGAAGUCCCAACUACUUAUUCCUUAAGUAUUUCACCCUGGAUAUCUCGAAUCCUCUGUUAUCUCGAAGUGUUUUCUCGGUCCCUUCAAGUUUGAGAUAACGAGUUUUGACUGUAUAAAGAUAUUGAUAAUAAUUAUGAUGCUUGGGUGAUGAAUACUACAGGUAUGUACAUGUACCAGGUAUAUAUUUUCUUUUUGUCAUCAUUGAAUGUACAGUCUUGAAACAGUUUACUUCAGCAUUGAAACUUUUUUGGGCACUAUAUUUAAAUUCUUUCAUUAGACAAAAUUUAUUAUGUAAUCUUGCAUGUAAAGAAGAAGGUACGGUUUUGGCUUUAUUGGGCCUAAAAAUUUAAUGUUUUCAAAAAGUUUUGAAAUUGGCAUUAAUAUGAGUUGAGUAUAUGAGUGUUAUAAUUCAUGAAAGAAUAUGGCAAGAAGGAGGACCAUUCUGCAAAUAUGGUGUCAUUAAUGUCGUAUUUUUCUAAGUUUUAAGCAGAAAAGGGCUCAAAAUGACUCAUUUCAGGGGGUAUUUUCCUUGAGAAAAAUAGUGUCCACAGCCGUCGCCCACUUCAAUAUUCUGAUAUGUUGUGUAAAAUUCUUUGAAAAAUCAUAUUUCUCAAAAUCUUUGUGGGCGAUGCAUGUGGUCUAUAUUAUCUGAAAGAAAAUUUCACUGAAAAUUGAUGUCUUCUGCAACUUUGUAAGAAAAUACGGAAAAAUGCACAAGUUUAUGAUGUCACAAUUAGCAUUAGGAAGUCAAAUGAGAAAAACGAUUUGUUUGAUCAUAUUGCAUGGAGUUUCAACAUUUCAGAAAGCAUGAAUUUUAAUUUCUUUCAUCACUUUCAUAUUUUGGAAAAAUACAGGGCCAGAUUUGUAUUGAAACUGUACCUGGUUCUUUACAGCAAAAAGUGAGUUUAUUCUGUGUGUGUUCUGAUUUUUUUUUCUUUAAAGGAUACUGUAGGUUUUAAAACUAGGUUUCCAUACAAAAAUAAUUACUCGACCAAGUAAAAUACUUUCUGAAUCUUUGUUUACAGAGAAAACCUAUUCAAAAAAUUUAUAACAGUUCUUUGAUACAAUAAUAUGAUCCUAUGAAUCAUAAAUUGUCCAACUACUCAUUUCUUAAUGUAUUCAGAUAAAAAUCUAAAUGUGAAAAAUAUACACAUGCAAUUAAAAAAAUGGUGAAAUACGCAGGAAUUUUUUAACUGACAUUCUUAAUGUUAUUUCAGAUGAUCUGCUUGUCUUUUAACACUCUUUUUGGGUAUUUUGUUUGUAAUUCUUCAUGCAGCAAUGUAUAUCAGUUUCAAACAUGUUUAUGGGAAAUAUGGUACAUGAAUGUGAAAAUUCCAUUUGUACAUGUAUGCAUGAGAAAGUGAAAGUUUUGCUAAAACAAAGUCUAGAAAUUGUAAAAUUUUUGUUUGUAAAUUUUCAAAAUGAUAUAAUUAGUCGUAUGUAUUCUGUAAUAAAAUGAUUGGCGUAUUUUU